AUGAAGGUCCUCGUACUCUCCGUGACUGUGGCUGCCAUGCUUCUGAUGCUGGCACAGAACACCCAGUCAGUCCUCAUCAAGUAUGAGGGCUUCCAGGUGAAGCUGGAGUCUGUGAAGAAGUUGGAUGAGCUUCUGGAACAUCCCACAGGUUUCAGUCCCAAAACAGGUGCCCAGAAGGAUCCAGCCAUUGUGUGCAGCAACCCAGCACUGCCCUCCGACCUCCAGCCUGUCUGUAAGACUCACCAAGCUGCUGACAUCUUCAAAGCCCUGAGCACCAUCGCCCAAGAUGACUGUGAAAUCUGUAUAAAUGUGGCCUGCACAGGCUGCUACUGAGACAGCACCAAAGAUCUUCCCCACCCCAAGCAAUCGAUGAUGGUUCUGCCUUAUCCCCAUCUUGACCUCCUUCCCUGC